UUCUUUUUCUCUCACAGAUAACCUCCUAGUUUUUACUGUAGCAACUAAAGAAACCGAUGGCUUUCAUCGCUUCAUGCAAACUGCAAAGCACUUCAACUACACAGUGAAGGUACUGGAAAAGGUGAAGAGUGGAAAGGUGGUGAGUUGGCAAACUCCAUUGGUGGAGGGCAGAAAGUCCGACUGCUGAAAGAAGGCAUACAGGGCUAUGCUGAUCAAGAGGACUUGAUUGUAAUGUUUGUUGAAUGCUAUGAUGUAAUCUUUGCGGGAGGACCUGAAGAAUUGUUAAAGAAAUUUCAGGAAACAAAUCAUAAAGUAGUGUUUGCAGCAGAUGGACUAAUUUGGCCAGAUAAAAGGCUAGCUGACAAGUAUCCUGCGGUCCGGAGUGGAAAACGAUUCCUGAACUCAGGAGGAUUUAUUGGUUAUGCUCCGUAUAUAAAUCGUAUUGUGCAGCAAUGGGAUCUGCAGGAUAAUGACGAUGACCAGCUGUUUUACACCAAAAUCUAUGUUGACCCAUUGGCGAGGGAAAGCCUGAACAUUACUUUGGACCACAAGUGUGCUAUUUUCCAGACUUUAAAUGGAGCUGUUGAUGAAGUUCAUCUGAAUUUUGAAGAAGGGAAAGUAAGAGCAAGGAAUUCUGCAUAUGAAACAUUACCGAUCACUGUUCUCGGAAAUGGUCCAACUAAAAUUUACUUGAAUUACUUGGGAAAUUAUAUUCCCAAUGCUUGGACACGGGAAACUGGAUGCAGUAUUUGUGAUUUAGACAUGCUGGAUCUGUCAACAGUAACGGAAUAUCCCAGCGUAAAAAUUGGUGUUUUCAUUGAACAACCCACUCCUUUCCUACCUAAAUUUUUAGACAGACUGUUGACUCUGGAUUACCCAAAGGAGGCUCUCAGUGUUUUCAUUCAUAACAAUGAGGUUUACCAUGAAAAGCACAUCAAGAAAUUCUGGGAAAAAGCCAAGAACAUUAUCAGAAAUAUAAAAAUUGUUGGACCUGAAGAAAAUCUGAGUCAAGCAGAAGCCCGGAACAUGGGAAUGGACCUUUGUCGCCAGGAUGAAGCAUGCGAAUACUACUUCAGCAUAGAUGCAGAUGUUGUACUGACAAACCCAAAGACUUUAAAGAUACUGAUAGAACAGAACAGAAAGAUAAUUGCUCCGCUUGUAACUCGUCAUGGGAAGCUUUGGUCCAAUUUCUGGGGUGCUUUGAGCCCAGAUGGCUACUAUGCUCGUUCAGAAGAUUACAUUGAUAUUGUCCAAGGGAACAGAGUAGGAGUAUGGAAUAUACCUUAUAUGGCUAAUAUAUACUUGAUUAAGGGCCAAACUCUCAGAUCAGAGAUGAAAGAGAAGAACUACUUCAUGCGUGAUAAGCUGGAUCCUGAUAUGGCUCUCUGCAGGAAUGCCAGGGAAAUGACAUUACAAAGGGAAAAAGACUCCCCUUCUUCGGAAACAUUCCAUAUGCUCAGACCCCCAAAGGGUGUUUUCAUGUACAUUACGAACAGACACGAAUUUGGAAGACUUAUCUCCACAGCCAAUUAUAACACCUCCCACUACAACAAUGACCUCUGGCAGAUAUUUGAGAAUCCUGUGGACUGGAAGGAAACUUACAUAAAUCCCAACUAUUCAAAGAUCUUCACUGAUAAUAUAGUAGAACAGCCGUGUCCAGAUGUUUUUUGGUUUCCCAUAUUUUCUGACACUGCUUGUGAUGAAUUGGUAGAAGAAAUGGAACACUUUGGACAGUGGUCUGGUGGAAAACACCAAGACAGCCGUAUUUCUGGCGGUUAUGAAAAUGUCCCAACUGAUGAUAUCCAUAUGAAGCAAAUUGGACUGGAUAACGAAUGGCUGCACUUCAUAAGAGAGUUCAUUGCACCAGUAACAUUAAAAGUGUUUGCUGGUUAUUAUACCAAGGGAUAUGCUUUAUUGAAUUUUGUUGUAAAAUAUAGCCCUGACAGACAACGAUCGCUCAGACCUCAUCACGACUCCUCUACAUUCACAAUCAACAUUGCACUCAACAAAGUAGGAGAGGAUUUUCAAGGAGGUGGAUGUAAAUUUCUUAGGUACAACUGCUCCAUUGAAUCACCAAGGAAAGGAUGGAGUUUUAUGCACCCAGGAAGACUUACUCAUUUACAUGAAGGACUUCCUAUCUUGAAUGGCACAAGAUACAUUGCAGUAUCAUUUAUUGACCCUUAAUUUUAUUGUUUUGCCCUCUUCAACAUCAGUGUUCGGUUCCUUACAUAAACAUUUAUUUAUAGUUUUCUUCUGGAAGAUGGUGAUACACGAAGUUACUGUUCUCAGACAGCAAUGUUAUUUUGGGCUAAAAGAAUGAAAAAACAAACUGUUUUUAAAUUGUUGAAGAUUUCUCAAUAUGUGCUCUGAGCCUUGAGUUACAAAGUAAACGUGUCCUGCUUAUUUUUCCAUUCUGCUGUCUUGAAGAAUAGGUAAGGAAGGAAAAUGGAAAAAUAUUUUAUAAUUAAUUCUUCCUUUGUUGGGAAAAAAACAUUCUAGAUACAAAAUUACCUGAAAAAAUUAUUGUGGUUUCCAUUCUGUAAGUGACACACCUGAAGUUGUGUGGUAUGUGUAUUUGGUACCAAUCGAUUAAAAAACACAGCAUAAAAACAGUAUGGAGUGGAUGUCAUAUACAGUCAUUGGGAGUUAAGCAAUAAUUCCAUCAGCUGGCAUAUACUGAAGGGAAAACAGCUUGGUAACAUGUCUUCUUAAUUCAUUUUCAUCGUUAGAGGAGAAAAAAAAUUGCAAAGAAGGAGUAACAAAUAAUUUAGCUAAGAAAAAAAUGUUUUCAUCAUUUGUUUUAAGAACUCAUCUUCUUGGAAAUUUAUUUUUCUUCACUAAGUGACCUUCCUUUCAAAUGAGUUAUUUUUCUAAAUGUGUAAUUGCACCCAAUUGAUGCUGGAAAUUUGAUGUUUAUUUUCACAGAGCUGACAAAUUCUAAUAGCGGGAUAUUUUGUAAAGACAAUUUUCUAUUAUUUAAAAUUACUUGAAUUUUCUAUCAGGAAAAUGAAAUUGCGGAAGCCUCUUUUAAAUCGAAGGAUCUUAACUUGCCAUUUGUUUUAAAGAAAUCCGUUUAAAAUAAUCCUACUGUAUCUACUGUUUGUAAUUUAAAGAAACUUGAAGCAAACUAUCUCAAAGUCUACCUUGCCAAAAUGCACAACGUGUUGGAAAAACUUGUGAAAAAUAAAAGGUAAUUUUAAAUUAAAUGUAA